AUGGCCGUGGAAACAGAACCGCAGAUGCGGAAUGCAUUGACGCCGCCCGAUACUAAAAAUAUAGGCGGCAGUCCAGUCCAGAGCCCAACGGCGGGCAAAGAAAGUGCUCACCCGAGCGAACCGCUCCUGACCUCGUCCCUUGAACUCGCCCAGCAUAUAGCCCGCAAUGCUGGCGUGGCGACCGUUGUGCCGGUGUCGAAAUUGCGUCCUAAACAAAAGACUCCCACUCCAGUAUCCAGUGAUCCAAUAGAGUCGAUCAGCAGGCAAAUGCGCGUUCUACCGAUACAGUCUGCCUCCCACAGCGGUGACCAAGCAUCCCUGGCGGCGGUUGCUGCGGACACCACGCCACCAACGAAUCAACGUUCUCCUUCUGGAGAUGACCCAAACCCUAGUGGCCCUACGGUAUCUGCAGAUGCUAAUGUAACUCAGACCCAAAGUACCAACCAGCUGCAAGGCAAAUCAUCCACUCAUCCUACCUCAUCUUCCGAGAGCAUCGAGAUGGAAGGGCCUACACUUUCGCCGCCGCAGAAGAUGACAGGCUCAACUGAUACACCUAAUUCCAGUGUAGAGGAUGCCUGUUCCGCUGAUGCGGGCCAGACCACCAAUAUGGGCCAGGGACCAUCGCCAGUCUGUUCAGAGAGCGAGUCCAUGUUUGCGAAAAGGGAUAUCUCGCAGGUUGCGCACACACACCAGCCUAUGUCGGCACUUUCUUCCUUCUCUUCCCGGGCCUCGUUAUGCCGCCAUACUCGCCAUGGCGCCCCCGACCCACUCCCCGCCUCACAGCACCAACACAAUGGGCGUGGAGCCAGUCGGAUAGAGAGCAAUGCGGAGCCUAGUAUUCUGGGGACCUCCUGCAGCAACUGUAGCUGCCCCAGUCCGCCUUCAAGCCCGCCAGCUCAGCCUAACGACCGGGCACGCAUUAGAACGCCUGCCAGCGCCGUGUCCAGUCGGAGAAACUCCGUCGUGAUUGGUGAGCGCAUUCCCUUCGAGUCUAUGACCACUUCUUCUGGUCCUUCGCGUAAUUCGCCUGCCGACUCCGUGCUGCCCCGAGUAAACCACGAGCGGGCAGGACUCAACUAUGCUCCCGCCCGGUUACAGCUUCCGGCGGAGAUCGAGCAGAUUAAUGUCCACAGCACCCAGUCGGCUCCUCCGGCUGCCCAAAACUCACCGCCCCAUACCCCUAGAUCUCGCUGUGGAUCCACUACAUCCUUACAGCUGCAUAGAGACGAUUACCGGCGCCCAAUGCGGCCUGCCUUGGACGAUCUGAGCCGCGCCGCUCCCAACCGUUCAGCAACUCCUCCUUUGAAACAGCUCAGAGGACGAAAGGCCCCUCUUUAUAUUCCAGCAGUUUUACGGCCCACCGAUGCAAACGCUUAUACCGCAUCCAACUCGUCUUUGAUGAUCCGCCACGCGGGUCAAUCCAUGCAACCGCCUCCUCGAGACCAUUGGGUGCCUGACUCUGCUCGUACUAACUGCGCGUCGUGUAUGGCCCCCUUCACACUUUUAGGUCGGCGGCACCACUGCCGAAAGUGUGGUGAAAUAUUCUGCUCGCGUGAUUCUAGGUUCGUUGUUGCCUUGAAUCAGUCCUUACAGUUCAACAUUUUUGGCUACCCAUCUCGCUCGUGCGCAGGCUGCUCAGCCGCGUUCACAAAGCAUGUUUUGGAGAACUCUCGUCUCUCGUCUGAACCUUCCCAGCCCUCGCUUCCCCAGGGCGCCCCGCAGACAAUCGCUGCCACCCGAGGUAACCGUCAAGAAAACAAUGAGAUCCUUGCUGGUUCACUAGCUAACAUGCCUGUUGAUUGGAAUUGGUCGACUUUUUGA